CGACGCGCGAUGUCGCGCGCGUCGGCGAGCGAACGCGCGAGUCUUCUCGCGUCGUCGUCGACGUCGAUCGACGUCGAGCGCGGGCGCGACGCACCGUCAUCGUCGUCGGCGCGCGUGGGUGUUAACACCCACGAUGACGCUCGAGCGCCGUCACCGUCGACGCGGACGCGUUCGCGGGCGUGCGCGGUCGCCGCAGCGUGCGUGAUCGCGUGCGCGAUCGCCGCGGCGUGCGCGGGCGACGCACGGGCGAGAUCGCGCGCGCGGCUCGGGCUCGAGAUCGGGCGCGAGUCCGACGCGAACGCGACGAUGGAGGCGGGCCGAGAGACGGCGGCGAUGGGAGCGUCGAAGCGCGACAACGUGGACGAUAGGGCGAUGCGGGAUGAAUUUUUAGAGUCGCAGGCGGCGAGCGUGACGAAGGCGCACGAGGCGAAGGCGAAGGCGUUCUCGACGGAGCUGGCGAAGGAGUGGCGACGGUUCGAGGAGCGCUCGCGGCGAACCGAGGAUUCGGACGGCGACGUCAUAUGGAUGGUGCGAACGGCAGAGUACGCCAAUGUAGCGAUGGAUAAGAGAGGGUGGUGGCGACCGCGGACGUUGACGCAGCGAGAUAAAGGGGAUUGGAUGAUGAGUUCGGUGGGGGCGCGCACGGACCCAGCGGCGACGGCAGCCUUGAGCUUGCAAGAGCGCUUGGCGCACUCGCAAGCGCAUCGUGAGGCGAUGAUUUUUAACUCGUGUCCGAGUUUAGUGUACUUGGGUGCGGAAUACGCGAGUCAUACGUGGCCUUCGACCGUGCGCCAGCUCGGUUUCGCGCACGGUUUGCGCGGGACGACGACCGGGACGAUGGAUACGCUCAAGAGCGUUCGCAUGAACCCUAAGGGUCCUAACUUUGUUUUGGGUGCGAGCGACGGCCUGAGUUACGAAGGUUUAUCCGCGAUGCUCGGCACGAUGAGCGCUCGCGACAACGGACGUUUAGACGAAUCCAAAUCGCUCUUUCUCAUCGCAGGCGUGCGCGACCCGCUCAAGCGAGCCAUCGAGGCUUACAUGCAAUACGGCGUUGCUCGUCGAGGCUGGGAGCCGACGGUGGAGAGCUUUGAAAAUUUCGUGUUCGGGCGCUACGGGCGGCUGGCGCACGUGGGGAACAUACAGUUUAAGAUGCUCGCUCCGGAGGAGUUGGUGAAAAAGGCGCUCGAGCGUGAAGCUCUUCAAGCAAAAGCACCUCCGAUCAAGGAUGCGGAGAUCAUGCGUGUAUUGAACACGUAUGAUCUCGUCGUGACGCCAGAGCACGACCUUUUGGCCCGUCUGCUUGUGAAGCAGAUGCUGUACCGCGUCGUUUCCGUAAGACAAAUUUUAACGCCACCAGAUGUCGGAUACGCGAGGCUCGAUCGCUUCGGGUUUAAGAGGUACGACGUCGAGGAUAAGGAAAACGUUUUACCGAAACCUUUGUUGGAGUAUGUCAACAGUCGGGCGUUCAAAGUGAGGUUCAACAGGCUUAACUUGCUGGAUCAAAAGCUGUACGACGCCGCAAACGCGCGGCUGCUAAGAAUGUGGAAGGAGCAUCACGUGGUCGAAAGUUACUUGGCGUGGCGAGAAUCUGUGCACGAUUACGUCAUGCCGAAAUUGAUGAACACUCAGAGCCUAAAGGCGGCGAGAGAGUUAUCGCAAAGCAGCCCUCGAGUGGCAAAAGUGUGCCCGUCAGGGCACGAGGAUGACUGCUCUACCGUAUUCGAAGAGCACGCUGACGAGUUCCUCGCCGAAGAGAAGCGCCGACACGCCAGCGAGCAGUGCAUGUUUGAGAACUACGGUUGUUUCAGUCGUCAAUUGGUAAAUCUCGGGCUUUUGCACUACAAAAGGACUCGAACCGCCGAACUGGCGAGUUUUUUCAAACAGCAAGAGACGCCAGAGUCGUAUGGUACCGCCAAGGCGGCCUCGUGCGCCGGGGUGGCAAUGGUUUCGGAGAUUCGAUUUUGCGCCGAUAACGCGACUUUAGGCGACGGUGUCGUCGGUAAAGCCAUGACGGGCCUAGCGGAUUCGAUUUAUCUUCUCUGUGCCCGACACGCAUGCGAAAACUUGUGCGUGCCGAAGAGUUGGGAAACCAAGGUUCGCGUUGUCGACGGCGCCAAGAUUGACCGAUGCUUCGGUAUACAAGCAACCGAGAACCAUUUCCGCCGCGCCACGCUCUCGCAUGGAGCGAUCGUCGCACACGCCAGGCAGGAAAAGUUUCGGAACGUCGCGGUCGUGGAGGUAGACGUCAACUUUGUCGACCCGGAUCCAUCCAACUAUCCCGACUACGACGCCGCGAAGUCGGUUCAGUCAAUCGCAAAACACAUCGAUGGUAACACGGCCGCAGAUUCUGACGAUCCAUUCACCAUCAUUCGUCUCGGCUAUCGCGCGUGGGAGUUUGAGCGCGGCGUCGUGGCGUGCCCUCACGGCUGCGGUUGUCGCCGCGGCGCCGACGGCGCCGACGACUCCUACUGCGUCGUCACCCGAGCGCAGUGCGACCUCCGCGGCUCCCACGCCUACAUUCUCUCCGGAGACUCCUUCAACCUCUUCCUCGAGCCCGUGCUGAGCAAAAAGCGCACGCAAACCAAGGUGAUCGACUUCAACGUCUUUCAACGAUUUCCCCAGCAGCUCGUGCUCGAGCCCAUGCUCGCCGCGCAAGCCGGUUACUCCAACGACGCCGACGUUAUCGGCGUCGACCAGCAAUUCCACGACGCUCGUCGCUUCGCGCAAUCGUGCGUCGUUCGUUAGCACACC